GUUUUUCAGUGGGUCUAAUUCGCAGCAGAUGACCACUCGGGGGGGAUGCAGGCUUUACUGGGGAGACGAGCGUUUCCUCAGACCGCACCAGAGGCGCACGGGACAAAUUAAUUUGCGCCAUGAUUCUGCAAAGUGAUGGAGCGACUUGACAACACUUUUCAGCGCAACGACUGAGGUAUGGAAGAGCGGGCGUGCGGCGUGAUAGGAGAGAGGGGCGACUGCACCUGAAUAGCACAAAGCGAAUGCAUUGUCAGAAUCUGAUCGUGCCAUGCGCGCUAUGGGAAUGGAUGGCAGCAAGUUCCUGGCGGGGACGUGCCUUCUCCUGCUCUGGCUCGGUGGGUGCAUGUCUUCUUCGCCGGGGAUGGAGUUUUGUCCCGACCGUUGCGACUGUCAGAACUCGCAGCACCUCAUGUGCACCAACCGCGGGUUGCGCACGGUGCCCAAGCCUCCCGCGCCCGUGCCCGAGGACUUGCUGAUCCUCAGCCUCGGGGGUAAUUUCAUCGCCAACAUCUCCGCCUUCGACUUCACGCGGUACAGUAACCUCGUACGCUUGAAUUUACAAUACAACCAAAUAGGAAUUAUUCACCCAAAAGCAUUUGAGAAACUCUCCAGGUUGGAGGAGCUGUACUUGGGGCACAAUCUGUUAACAGCAAUACCCGUUGGGACGUUACAGCCCCUGAAGAAAUUAACCAUCCUCUAUGGAAAUGACAAUGGCAUUAAGAAAAUCACCCCGGAGCUUUUUUCCAACUUGGACAAUCUCGUGAAAUUGCGCCUGGACGGUAACUCAAUAGAAGCCCUGCAGGACUCUGUUUUCAGAACCUUAACCAGCCUACAUUAUCUCCACCUGGAAUCAAACAAACUGCAGCACAUCCACAGAAACGCUUUCUCCAAACUGACCAACCUGCGCUUUCUCAACCUGGCCAACAACAAGCAGGCGGCCGUGCGCAACGUCUUCACUUUUUCCCAACUCAGAGCUUUGACAACUUUGCUGCUGUCCGAAAACGAAAUCCAAUACGUGGGAAACCACGUGUUCCAGAGCCUGAAAAAGCUAUCAAAGCUUUCCCUCAGCAACAACAGAAUCUCCCGUAUGGGCAGCGGCGCUUUGAAGGGGCUGUCAAGCCUCAGAGAGCUCCUGAUUGACGGCAACGAGUUGGUGGAAAUCCCCGCCGGUCUCCUCGACCCACUGGAGCGCAUUGAGGAGCUGGACUUCAGCCGCAACCGGAUUUCUAACGUGGACUCUUUGGCCUUUUCGAGGCUUAAAUACCUAAAGGUGCUGAAACUGAAGAACAACGUCCUCGCCAGCCUGUCCGGCGACAUUUUUGCCCUCAACAAUCUCCUUUACGACCUCGAUCUCCAUGGCAACAACUGGACGUGCGACUGUCGCCUGGAGGAGCUGAAGAGAUGGAUGACCGCAGCCCAUUCUCAGGGCAAGCUGUUGACUGUGUUUGUGCAAUGUCAUUACCCCAUGACUCUGAGGGGGAAAUAUCUGGACUAUGUGAACAGCUCCCAGCUGCAGCCCCUCGGGAACUGGACCCAUUUGUGCAGGAGUCAAGCUGGGCCCGAGGAGAGCCGGGGAGGGGGCGUACUGGAAAAGGUGGAGGGCAUAGGAAGAGGAGAGGCAGAUGAAGCAAAGUCGGAGGAUGGAGGGGAAGGGGGUGAGCUGCAGAAAGAAGAGUUAAAGAGAGAAGUGGAGGAAACAGAUGGUGCGGGAGCAGGGGUGGUGAGGAGAAAAGAGGGAGAAAAAAGGAAAAGAGAGGGGCAGGAAGAUGUGGGAAUUCAAGGAGACCAAGGGGGUCCAGAGGUGGCACAGCCUUCUUCUUUACCUGAGAGACAGACACAAAAGCUGGUGUCUCACAGCCCGAGAUUGCGACCUCCUGCAGAGGCAGCUGGGAAACGAGCCAAAGGGAGGCGAAGGUCAAAGGUCGUGUCCAAAACGGAUCUGCCAGGUGUUUCCACGCCGAGCUACGUGACAGACAUCAGGCUCACUCCCACUCCUUCCGUGCAGUCAGGAGAAAAGUUCGAUCUUCUGCGGUCAGAUCAGGAGGUGGUUUUACCCGUAAUCGCAGACCCCUGCGUGUUCAACCGCCAUUUCAUCACUAACGUGUCAGUGGAUCAAGUGACGUCCAGUUCCGUCGCAGUCCACUGGACCACGAGGGACCAUCACCGCUACACGCCGGGGGCCGGGCCAGGCCUGGACGAAGUCCACUACAGGGUUCUGUUCGACAGGUUUGGCACCCCAGACCGUUUCCCCCGCUACGUCUACGCCCGCGGCACCACUCGCUCCGUGACCCUGAGGGAGCUCAGCUCAGACGUGACCUACAUGGUCUGCGUGGAAGGAGUGGUGGGAGGAUCUGUGUGUCAAGUGGCGCCCCGCGACCACUGCGCGGGGCUGGUCACUCUCCCCGAGGGCCUCGGCCGCGGGGCAGCGCUGACCUCCGACCUCCAGCUGGUGACGGUGGCGACGCUGGCGGGGAACGCCGCACUGCUCCUCGUCAUCGGCGGCGUUUGGCUGGGGCGGAGCCUGAGGAGGAGGCUGCAGAGGAGGAAGUCGGCUGUGCACGUGCGGCACAUGUACUCCACCAGGCGACCGUUCCGGCCCGCCAUGGCGACGGCCUCCGUGUCUGCCGACUUCACCAGCUACCAGAGCAACCGACCGGCGCGGCUUGCCCCGCUGGAGGAGGGCAACCUCAUUGAGUUCCCCUGCGAGCGCUUUCUGGACAGUGGCGCCCGGAGAGACAGUGACAUGCAGAGGUUCUCCGACUAGAUCCAUAAAGCCGCAAAAAAAUGUUGACACUGUACAGUACAAAAAAAAAAUAUGUGAAUAUGUUUAUGGUUUGGUUUAGAACACAGAGUCCUCUCAUAGAUGAAGUGCAGUGUUACAUAGGUGCAGCUGUAAACAAGAGAAUUCAUUCAGAACAGCUGAGAUCAUCAGGGCCUUUUCAGACACCAGAGGAAGCCCAGUCCCUCUGACUUCCCCUCGCCGCUUUGUGCCUUUCCUCUUUCAUUUCCUCGCACCUGUGUGUGUUUCAAAAAUGUGUGUUCUGUUGUGAGUGCAGAGAAUGUGUACGCUCGAGUGAUGUACCACUGAUUUCAACUAUGGUGCUAAUAUUGACUUCAUAGACAUCAUAUUGUCUCAUAUUUGUACAGUAUGUAAAGAUGGCUGCUGGCUGGCAGGAAAAGACACUUGUUUUGUACCACAUGUAUCACGUUUAAUACUUUUUAUACGGAACUUUGUAUCGUUUUGCAUUACACGAAGAUGAAGUAAAAUCCCAAACAAUGUGA